UGAGGCAAUCUGUGUAAUGUUGAGCAACAGGUAAACUGGGUCGAGUUUUUGUUGAAGGUCAAGGGCACAGUUUGUUUUGGUAGUUUGGUGCAUAAUACAUUGCUAGCAUCCACCCACGUUUCUAUGACUAACUUUUGGUUUAAAGUAUCCGGUUUGACAACUUUUAUAAAUAACCAACAUCGAACCAACAGGGGACACAGUACAAUUUACCAGGAAAAAGUUUGAUCAUGUCUACAAAAGUUGCUGUGGUUACUGGAGCCAACAAAGGUCUGGGAUUCGGAAUUACCCGUGGACUGUGUAAGGCCUUUGAAGGGGAUGUAAUCCUUACUGCUCGGGAUGAAGGCAGAGGGAAGGCUGCUGUAGCUGAACUUGAGAAAGAAGAUCUGCAGCCAAAGUUCCACCAGCUGGAUAUCACAGACCACAAGAGCAUUGUCAGGCUCAGGGACUUCCUGCAACAGAACUACGGAGGCCUGGACAUCCUUGUCAACAACGCAGCCAUCGCUUAUGAAUUUAAUAGUACUCCCUCUCCCCCUAUUGCACAAGAAGCUCAAGAGGUUUGCAAGGUCAACUAUUUUGGUACUCUAGAUGUUUGCCAGGUGCUGUUCCCAUUACUGAGGCCACAUGCCAGAGUGUGCAAUGUGUCUAGCAUCAACUGUGAAUUCUCUUUGUCUGAAUACUCGGAGGAGUUGAAGGCCAAAGUCAGGAAUCCUGACAUCACUAUGGAUGGGGUGACAGCGCUGGUGCAGCAAUUCAUUGAUGCCGCCCAGAAGAACCAGUUGAAAGAACAGGGCUUUGAUAUUUCUCCUUAUGGCGUCUCUAAGAUUGGAGUCAGCUUAAUGACUCCACUGCAGCAGAAAGAGUUUGAUGACAGAGGUGCUGAGGAUAUUGUUGUCAAUGCUUGUGACGUAGGACUGGUCAGUACUGACAUGACAGGUGGAGCAGGGAUGCCAAUAGACCAAGGAGCCUCAACCCCUCUGUACUGCUGUUUGUUACCUCCAGAUGUGGAGAGUCCCAGGGGAAAGUUCAUCAUGAACAAAAGAGUUUAUGAUUGGUUGAAAGUUUAAACAAGAGCUUGUUGGCCUCACACUUCUCAUAACUAUGCAGUAUUAAACCAAGGCUUCACUGGAUCUUUGGAAGCAUUUAGUAUUAUUAAUUACUUAACAUAAAUUUCUUGAUUAUAAUCUAUGCUAUAUGUUAUCAAAACUUUGCAGUUAUAGUGCCUUACUUAAUGCUCAACAAUGCCUAAUUUUAGAAAGGACCAUAAAAUAAUGUCACAUAAUAAAAUGGUUAUUUGCCUAUUCAGGCAAUGAAUAAUUGUAUUUCUAUUGUAUAUUAAAGAACAGCAACCCUUGCAGGUGACACCUAAUGUUGCUAACAAAGCCAGCUGUUGAUAUCUAAGAUGCCACCUUGCAAAAAAAAAAUUUUCUAUUGUAAUUUAAGACUCUUACACUCAGUGUUUAGGUGGAUAAAGUAUUUCUAAAACAAAAUAAGAUUAAAUAUUGUCACAAAAAUCACCUCUCGUAUAUGUAAAGCUAUUGUCUCAUCUUGUAAAAGUGUGACAUUUUUUUUAUGGCAAAUUUUAUCUAGUUUUUUGUAGAAUCAUCGUUAAAUUAAGUUGUUUUGUAAUCUUAACUGAUUGCCUUUGUGACAUUGUUGGCUAUUUACUGUUUUGGUUUGUAUUCAUUGCAUUUUUUUUGUUAGUCACAAGUUCUUUGACAUUUGGAGCUUCUACACACUUUUUAAAUGAAUUAUUACAUUUUUAAUUUCCUGAUUAGGCCUCUAUUUUGUCACUACAAAGAAAUUGUUAAAAACCAUAGCCAGGUUAUACUAAUUUAUGUAUGUAAAUUUAUACAUAUGUUGGAUCACAAUCUCAAUUUGUUUGACUCUCACAUUUUUUUGUUGUGUAUUGAUUUGCUAUUUCAAGAUACAAAUGCAGAAGUUUUUUUUAUUAACCUGCAUAUUAGUCUUUCGUUUCAUUUUUUUCAAACUUUCACAUGAGUUGGAUAGAAAUUGGCUUUUUUAUUUACUUUGCUCAACUUUGCUCACAUUUUUGUUUGCAGCUUUUUAAAUGUUGAAUAUUUUAAAAUUUUACAUUUCGUUAAUAAUGACGUGUGUUGUAAUUUUUUAAUUAAUUAUAAGUCAUUUAUUUAGAGAGGACAGCAGUAUUAUUUUACCUGUCUGCUGUGUUGUCACGAUGUUUGACAACAUCAAAAGUAAUGCAAAACUUUACCUCUGAGAUAGAUGUUAGCUAUUUUAGUUGAUUUAUGUUGCACACAUGUGAUCCACCUUUGUUUUACACUUUUAGUUUCACCUUUAUUAUUAGACCUUGUGAUAUUGGUUACAUUUUAUUUACCUCAUUAGCGUUGGCUUAGUUGUCUAAUUAUUUGGUUGAUCAUUCCAUUCUAUUUUUAUAUUUUAGUCAUAUUUAAAGAUCUAUAAGAAAGAAAAUGCACACAUUUGAAUGAAGUAGUCAAAAUAUUUUUAUUUGUAUUGCUUCCCCUUAAUUUU